CAGGAACACCACAACCUUCCAGUUAACGUCGUGCGUCUAAUGGGUCCUUUGGUACGUCAAACACAGUGAGGUCAAAUUACGAUGCACUGUGCGCUAAAUGCGGAAGUGGACGUCAUCAUUAAGAGACACCAACAACACAGAAAAUGUCCUGGAUUCGUAAAGGGGAGCUGACUCUCAUUGAGCGACUUUCUGCAAAUAUUUUAAAGGCUGGACCCAUGCCGAAACAUGUCGCCUUCAUUAUGGAUGGAAACCGUCGAUACGCCAGGAAACUGCACGUGGAGAGACAGCAGGGGCACACGCAGGGCUUUGACAAACUGGCAGAGACGCUACGUUGGUGUUUGAAUCUGGAAAUCAGGGAGGUCACGGUCUAUGCCUUCAGUAUUGAGAAUUUCAAGCGUGCGAAGGACGAGGUAGAUGGGCUGAUGGAGCUGGCAAGGCAGAAAUUCAGCAGGCUUCUGGACGAACAAGAGGACCUGGAGAAACACGGGGUGUGUAUCCGAGUGCUGGGAGACUUGACCCUCCUUCCCCUGGAUAUCCAGAAACUGAUUGCACAAGCCGUGCUGGCAACCAAGAAUCACAACAAGUGCUUUCUGAAUGUAUGCUUUGCCUACACCUCCAGACAUGAGAUUACCAAUGCAGUGAAGGAGGCGGCCUGGGGCGUAGAGCAAGGACUGAUCAAGCCGAGUGAUGUAUCUGAGUUUCUGCUGGAUGAGUGUCUCUACACCAGCAACUCCCCUGACCCUGAUCUGCUAAUCAGAACUUCUGGGGAAGUCCGACUCAGUGACUUCCUUCUCUGGCAGACCACCUACUCGUGUUUAGUGUUUCAGUCCAUCCUGUGGCCAGAGUAUACUUUCUGGAACCUUUGUGAAGCUAUCCUGCAAUAUCAACUGAACCACCACGCCCUACAGAAAGCCAGAGAUCUACAUGCAGAGGCCAGGGUCCUUCAGCAGCUGGAAGCAGAUCGUUGUUGUGCAGCUGAACUGUUGCAACAGACUGGGCCGGGGAAGCCACUGGACUCACAGCUCAGACAGGAGGCUGUGCAGAAAUACACUGCUGAGCGGGAGGGGAGAGUUCACAGCUUCCUAACCGUCCUGCAAGAGAAAAGAGACCGUUUCUUUACUGACUUAAACAAGGGCUCUAUAGCAUCUGCAAAGGCAUAGCCCUGAUUCAACGCAAUUGAAAUGUCCAUUUUUAUUUAACCAAGCAAUUUGACCCCUAUGGGGAAUUUGAGACAAAUGACUUACUUGGUUGUCACGAUAGAAAACAUUUAAAAUGCUAUAAAUGUGUAUAUGUACAUAUUUUUUUUAUGUGGAACUGGUUUUCAUUUACCGGUCGAAGUAACGGUUGUGCUGCGUCAAAACGAAUAAUGUGCCCUUUCCGGUCCCAAUUUCUAUGAAAGCAUGCAUGCUGUCCUGUUAAAAUGAUUUUCAUAAAAUAUUAUUAUUCUUCCUUCCUAUUCAGAUUAAUUAAUUUUUUUUUUUUUUUUGC